CACGUAAACAACAUGGUGGAUGACAGUUGAUCAAAAGUAUCUCAAACCACAAGCCUAUAACCACGUCACAUGAUGGAUAACCCAGCAGAGCUGCUACUAGCGGUGACAUCUUGUGAGGAAGAAGUGUUACAUCUAUCUAAAUUACGUCAAGAUCUCAUCCCACCUUCUGAUAUUUUCCUUGACCUGGAAGGCGACGAAGAUAUUUUUGAAAAAGAAUGGCUUCGUACUGCGGCAUCUACACCAGACGAUGACAAUCCAUUCCCUGAUAAAUCAGUAACUGAUAUUUUCUUGAACCAAAAUGAUUUGGAUAAGUUUACGCACUAUUUAUUUGAGCGGCGGUUCGGCUGGUCAGAAGUUGGCAUUAUUUCAGCAGAUGUUGGAGGGAAGAAAGUCGGGUCGGGAAAACAGAAGGAAGUUAAAUAUAAAACAACCCUAAAUGACCUCUUGGAUGACUACAUAAGAUGGUACCUAUGUCAGACCAUGUGCUCACCCAUACUAGAAGGCCUCAGAUAUACCAUCCUCCAAGCAGCCCAGAAACCCGUGGUUCGCAACCAAUGCAUGGUACAUAUAAUGGAAUGGAUCAAAAUUAAUGGAGAACGCCUGCAGGUACAGGAUUUUACACUUAUCAAGGGACUGAUUCUGAUAGGUGUCACGGAUAUAUGGUCCGCAAUCAGAAACGCAACAAUAUCAAGACUUGGUCCAAUCGUGGAAUAUUUCAGUCUGUUACAGCUGGAGGAGUUCUUCACUGAUCUUGUGAAGAUAUGUCAAAAUGAUGCAAGUAAUUGGCAAUCAAAGGAAGGUGCUGUUAUGGGCAUCAACACAGUUGUACGCAAGUUCCAGACAGUUGGAAUGUUACAUCAGGGAGAAACGAGUGAAUAUCUAGUCAAGUUUGGCAAAUUGGAGCUAGCACACUUGCCAAAAUUUUUAACCAAUCAAAUUCAAGUUGUUAUUUACCCCUUAUUGGCACACCCACAGCUGAGCAUCAGGGAGCAUGCCAUAAAGGCAUUUUCAUCAUAUCUGGCAAGAUGUGGACCAAAGGAGCAGCUAUCAUCAUUCAACGAUGUAAUCAGGCAGCUAUGUAGAGGUACAGAGGCAUGUGAGGGAGGAGAGCAGGCCAAAAAAGUGAAGGUACUCCCCCAUCUGGCAACACUUAGAUCUGAUUAUGAGUUCCUAGAUGCUUAUACUGCAGAGGGACUUCUGGGAGUGUGUGUCUUUCUUGUGAAGCACAUUCCCCCAGAGCAGCUCAUGAACAAAGAAAACUGGGAGAGAUAUUUCUCGACCUUUAACCUUUACCUAAUGCACCCAGCAUCUACAGUGCGACAAGCCACUAGCACUAUAUUCAAGUUUAUAGUUGCGAAGGAUUGCAAUAACCCAGAACUCCUCAAUCUAGUCCUGAAGGAACUUUCCUCUGAAUGGAAACCCAAUAAAUCUCUGUUAAAUAAACCAAUCACAACAACAACGCCACGGAGAUUAUCGUCUGAAGGACUCGGAGACCAGGCUGCAAUUAGAUCUGACAGUUUUAGUAAGAGGACACGUGGUAGCACCAAAAGAGCAGGGUCAACACUUUCUCGAAGAUUAACGAUUACAAAAAUAAGCGCCAUAGAAUCUGAAGAUAAAUCUGUAUCAGACACUUGGGAAUGGAGAGAAGGAAGAUUGUUUGCUUAUGAGCUGAUAGUAAAAUUCCUAAUAAAGAACCAUUUGUUCCAUACAUUUGGACCAUCAGAUAAGCCAGGAGGCCACACCAGGGUGUUUGGUACUACGUCAGUGGAUGAGAGCCAAAUGCUCAAGGAGAUGGGUCAGGCCCAUGACACCAUAAUGAAGACCCAGAGUUACGGGGGAGUGAGCUUACAAAAGGCUAUUACAACAACUGUUCGAGACAAAGAUCAACAUCAUAAAGGACACAAUAGGAAAAAGUCCAUGGAUGAAGUGAAGGAAGAAGUAAUAUGUUCUAAAACACCUCCACAAAGGACAACCAUCUCAAUGGCCACCAGGGAGAGCCACCAUCAGGAUGCGGAAACAAGGAGCCAAUCAGAACGGGACCAACAGCUGAAGCAAUAUAGGAUGGCGACAGUCGGCAAUUUUGGAGACACAGACCAAACAAUACAGCACCUUAAUAAAUAUACAAAGUGGCCAUCGGGGACAAAUCGGGCCUCUUCGCUCCUGACUGUAACGAAAAUGGUGGAAACUCAAACAAAUAAGGGCCCGAGUGUCUCAUUCAGUGAACUUUUGAAAGAUAUGAUGUACCAAACUAUAGAAUGUUUAUCUGAUGUCAGAUGGGAGAUUAGACGAAUGGGUCAGCAGGUUUUACCACAUCUGAUAGAGGCAAUCAGAUGGUACAACAUGAGUGUACUGGAGGAGCUAUGGAAUGAACAUAUCACACCAAAUACUACACUGAUCUGCUAUGGGGCAUGUCUAGCACUGAAAUACUCACUAUCACACGCAGCAAAGCUGAAGGGUUUACACAAAGAACCACCAUCCAGUUGGCAGGAUGUAAAAGUUUGCAGGAAAAUAAUUGACACAAUCACCGAGACAACGAAGAGUUACCUACCAGUCUGGAUGAAGUGUGUACACACGUUGCUACAGCGACCAGUCUUUGACAAACUCUCUGUUGUUGCCAUGGAAAUUCUGUUGCUAGGUUAUGGUAAUUUCCAUGAAUGCCUCAUUGAACAGCGAAAUAUUCAUGAGCCUACUAUGUUGAAUCAUUUACGUAAUGUAUUCCUCAACUCAAGUUCUGAAGCAUUGAAUGAAGACAGCAAUUUAGUCAAAGUUUUGCGUGACUUAGGUGGAUGUAGACCAUUUAUGCCACCUGGUGAGGGUUUUCUCAGCUGUUCAACUAAAGGGGACACGUCACAAUCUGCACAACAGUAUGAGAGACUAUUGCUGUCUGAGACCCACUCUAGUCUACUGAGGUAUCUUGAGGGGACUAACAUUGCACACACUGCCUUCAUGAUGCCUCUACUGGUUCGUCAUAUCCACACAUUUACAGAGGAGACACAUAUUUGCUCAUCAUUUGUUAAUAGUGUUGAAGUGUUAGCAAAUAAGGCUAAUGCUUAUUUAAGCUCUUCAAACAGGGAGGACAAUUCUUCAAAUAAGGAGGUUCAUUUAGUGAUGCCAUACUGUAUACUUGCCAUACAGGAGCUUGCCAACACUCUCAUAGCUUCUAAGGCUGGUGAUUUGUCAAUAUUGAGGCAGUCUCUAGAACUCAUUGGCCUCAUAUCUCGACACAUUCCAAAGGAAAAACAUCUCACACUUUUGUUCCAAGCAAUAAUCUCACGCUUAAAAAAUAGCAACGCCUGUCUAGACACUUCAAAUGAAGAUGAUGACAUUUAUCUUAUGUCCAAUGAUAUCAGACCUUCUCCCAUUAUGAUGCAGGAACUAGAUUCUGAUGAGGAAGUUCUUGAGCCCCGGGUACCAGAUAAUAUGCUGCAGGAGUCGCUGACGUUAAAUGUUAGUAGCGGCAGUGGCAGUGGACCAUCAGGACGUCUCAGUGCGAUGACCAAUAGCAGCACAGAUGGACGUGUGAUGUCACCAGCAUCCAACUAUUCAGAUGCCGAAUCAGAUUGGGAUAACUGGAGUGAUGAUGAAGAGGACCAGGUGGCACUUACAGAGAUAUUCCAUAGUUUCUUACAAACACUAACCAGCCAGUACAAUGCACCAAAACAACGUCAACAAUUCCAGCAAGAACUUAAACGACUCUCAGACAAAGAGAGAAAGCUGAUAGAAAACCUCAUAAAUAAUGGAUCAUUAUGAUGUCACUCAUGUUUUUAAAAAAGCAGGUUAAAAUUAACAAGCCUGAAGGAGAUACUGUAUAGUAUAAAACAAUGCUUGGAAGUCUGAAAAAUAGGACUUCAGGCAUCUCAGCAGUGUCAGCACAAACAAUAUGUUUGGACAAUUUUAGAAAAUAGUCAGAAUGCCAAGUUUGUGAUAUAGAGUAGAAGCUGUGCAGUAUGUCAA